UAUAGUUAUAAUGGCACCGAGACGAGUUGAAGAAGUACCUGUUAGAAGAGCAGCAUCAGGGUGUAAAUUACCUGAACGAUUACCACCCGGAUUAAUAUUAACAGACAUCACGCAGAACAAAUGGAAGAUUGGCCAUACAAUAGGAUACGGUGGAUUUGGUGAUAUAUACUUAGCAUCCAAUAACAUCGGAGUACCAGUUGGAGAAGAUGCGAAGUACGUGAUAAAAAUAGAACCACAUAAUAAUGGUCCGCUGUUUGUUGAAAUGAAUUUUUAUAUAAGAGCAGCUCGCAAACAUAUGAUUGAAAGCUGGUGUAAAUCGCAAGGGAAGAAACGAAUAGGAGUCCCGACGUACGAAGGAUCAGGCUCUCUCGUAUACAACAGUGAAAAAUAUAGAUUCUUAGUGAUUCCACGAUAUGGCAUCGAUAUCGGAAAAUUGUUUGUAUCAAGUGGGAGGAAAUUGCCAAUGAAACUUGUUAACAGGCUAGCUGUUCAAAUGUUAGACGCACUAGAAUACAUUCAUAGUCAAGGAUACGCUCACGCAGACAUUAAAGGAUCAAAUAUUUUGUUAUCUUUAAACGAGGGGAGUGUAGUUAAAAAGAAAUCUCAAGCGUAUUUAGUUGAUUAUGGAUUGGCUUACCGCUUCCGUACGGCAGCAGGUGUACAUAAGCCGUUUGUUCACGAUGAGAGAAGAGCACACGAGGGUACAUUAGAAUUCACAUCCAGAGAUGCACAUCAUGGAACACAUUCAAGAAGAGGUGAUUUAGAAACCUUAGGAUACAAUAUGUUGCAAUGGUUGUGUGGAAAAUUACCUUGGGAAAAUGAUGAUAAUCUGCCACUGACACUGAAUCCAGAAGAAAUCCACGCACAGAAAGAAAGAUUUCUCGCAGAUUUACCAUUGUUCAUGGAGAAAUGUUUCGCGUAUGAAACAAAGCCGCCUGCUGCCAUCGUUGAAUACAUGAAGUACAUCACUGAAAUGGGAUUUGAAACUAAACCCAAGUAUUCCUAUCUACGUAGUUUAUUCCAAUCUUAUUCGAAACAAAAAAAUGACGUUCCUACUUGUUUAUAUUAUCUAAAAGAAUCUAACGAAAAUAUUUCUUAUCCCAUAUGCUUAAAACGACCAUACUUAAGAGAGAGAAAGCCUUGCAGACCUGUUAAUGGCGAGAUACGCAUCACCCGGAACAUGCAACCUAAGGUUACAGCUGAACCGAAAGAAUUUUGUUGGGAAGCAGUAUUAGCGGUUCAUCCGGAUAAACUCGCGAAAGUUAAUGUACAGUCUCGGCCCUCGUCACUCGCACCAACUCCGUCUCCACCACCUCCAUCCCUGCCUACAUACGCUAUGCUGAACGUGAUUCAAAGGAUGAAAGAGAAACAAGCAUUUAGACAUAAGACAUUAUCCAAAUCAACAGACGAUGUUAAGACAAAAUGGGUAACGCCAGCUGUAGAACAAGUAGUUCCAUUGAAAAAGAAGACUUCCCAGACAACUCUUCCGGAAUCGAGAAAUUCUACUCGGUUAACCCGUUCCCGAGUAGCGAAAUCAAAACGAGACGAGGAGAAGGAUUCCUUCAAACAUAUGCAUCUCAACAAGAAGAGAAAAUGCGCGUAGAUGCGAAUGCAAUGAUCUUCUUGAAAUACUACAAGUCUUCAUUCCUUGGACAUUUGAACCACCAAGUUAUUGAAAUAAGGAAUAUAUAAUUAAGUAUUAUUCCCUAUUAGUUUAUCUAGAUUUCAUAAGAGUAUACUCUCGAUGUUCCUGUUUAAAGGACAAAAUUUCAUUUACUAGGAAAGCCUUUGGACAAAGAUGUGCGUGAUUAGUGCAUCAAUUUUUGUAAGACUGCUUUAUUAUCAUGAUUUGUCGUAUAAAGAACACUGUAUAAUUAAUAUAAGUUUUUUUUAAUAACUAUAUAGCGAAUGAAUUAUUAAAAAUGGUAUUUCGCCGAUCGAUUAGAACAAUUAUGCAAUUUUGAAAGAUUUCAAUCUAGCAGAGAAAGAGAUUUGCUUACAUUACUGCGUAGCAAUUAUAAAUUAGACACUUCUGUGAAGCGCGGAACAUGUAAGUAUUUUGUAGUUUAUCAUAAUAGCGAAAGAUGUGAUCUGAACAUUAAAUCGAAGAAACAUUACACAUGAUUUAAAGAAUUGUUUGCUCAUUUCGUGAAGAAACUGUUAAAGGCACAAUACAUUGCUUACAUUAUGUUAAUUAACUUGCUUUGUUAAGACAGUGUAUAGCCUUGUAAGUGUUCAAAUCAUAUUUAUCUUUUUCUUUUGUACUCUAAAAAAAUUAUAUUCUGUUCUCAACUGACUGUGAGUAAAAUAUUUUAUUAUAAUUUAUAUAUGAAUAAUGCAAUAUUUUGUUUUUAUAAUCAGGGAAUUAGAUGUAAUUCAUACAAUAGACAGAAGAGAUUAUGAUUUAAAUGUCUUUUUCUUUCUAAGUAUCGAAGUACAGAUUUUAACAUAGAAACUAUGAAUAUUGUCGAUAGGAUAAGUAGAGGUAACGUAAUUAAAAACAGUGAAAGUUACUUGUAAAAAUAAUUCACAACCGUGAACUGUUAUAACUUCUCAAUAGACCAGUAUUAAGCCACCAAGUGCUUAGAUAGGCACGUAGAACGUAACAGUUUACGCUUGUUAUUAUAAUUACAGCAUACUAACAAGGAUGCGUGUGUAGCAAAGCGAAUAGUAAUUCAAUUUUAGAUUUUACAUACGUAGUUCGAAUAAAUACAUUUUGAGAUCCUUAUGCUUCUAACAUAUUGCUUUACAUAAUACAAUACUGUCUCAAGUUAUUUUGAUGUAACACCAUCAUGAACAUGAUAUAGUUCGUAUUGAUUAUUGAGAUCUAAUAUUGCUACACAAAACAGAACCGAUAAUUGUACAUAUAUACAUAUUAUUACACGUAUAAGAGCCAUGUAUAGAUGGAAAAGCGACGUUUCGUUUACAGUAAAUUUGUGAUAACUUAUUUGUAUUUUUCUUUUAAGUUAUGGGUACCUGUGCCACAAAAGCAGUGUUGUUAAAAGACUUAAAACCACAUUGUAAUCAAAUGAAUAUACACAUGCAUUUGUAAUUCUUCACCACGUCGUCGCAUCAUUCGAGGGUUUACAAUAUAUUAUAAGCUUUCAAUACUGGAUAAUAUUUUCUAGAUUUUUAGUUAUAAGUAUCAUCAGCAUAUUAGUAUUAACAAUUGUGUGUACAAGUAUUUAUUACAUUCAUCUGAGCAAUGCCUAGAUAUUUGUUAACAACACUGCAGUAUAAGACUCUUGAAAUACUAUUAAAGAAUUCUUAGGAAGGGAACAUGACAGAAUUUACUUACUGAUUUAUACUGCACUAUAAUUAGGUGUAAGCGAAUAAUAAAGAAUAAAGAAUGGAAAAUAAUAUACACACGUGUCAAGUAUAGAAUGUGAUUACAUUUUACAUAAUUACAUGUAACAAUUAAUUUUCUAAAUUAUUGUAUAUUCGUAAAGAUAUAAAACAAAGUAUAUGGAGUA